AUGGCGGCAGAAAAAGCGAGGCGACACACUCUUGCAUCCGGUGUGGAAGACGAUGUUCUUCAACGGCAUGGGACCCGACUGAACGACGUCAACUUAGCGUCGAGGAAGGCUGAAGCAGCUUCAUUAAGAAGGCAUGAAGCAGCUGGGUGGCUGCGAAAGAUGAUCGGAGUGGUAAGAGGAAAAGACUUGGCAGUUGAGCCGUCGGAAGAUGAAUUCAGGAUUGGACUGCGCAGUGGGAUCAUACUUUGUAAUGUGCUCAACAAACUUCAACCAGGAGCCGUCCCCAGGGUGGUUGAAGGUGCGGGCGAUUCUGAUGUAAUGGCUGAUGGGGCAGCACUGUCCGCGUAUCAGUACUUCGAGAAUGUGAGGAAUUUUCUGAUGGCUGUGCAGGAGAUGGGGCUUCACACCUUCGAGGCCUCUGAUUUGGAAGAGGGAGGGAAUUGUGGGAGGAUAGUGAGCUGUGUUUUAGCAUUGAAGUCAUACAGUGAAUGGAUAGAAGGAGGCAAGCAUGGAUCAUGGAAGUACGGUGGAGAUGCAAGGCCACCUGCCUCUGGCAAACCAUUUCUGCGUAAAAACUCAGAACCAUGCAUCAAUUCUUUAUCGCGGACCGUUUCGUCGUCAAGUGCCACUGACCUCUCUGGAUGCGGUGAUCUAGGGUGUGAUUACAUUGAGGGGUUGGGUUCCCCUCAUUCCUUGAAUUCUUUACUUCGUGAGCAUUUAUCUGACAAGAAGCCAGAAGAAGUUCCCAUUGUGGUGGAGUCCCUGCUUAGCAAAUUCAUGGAGCAGUUGGAACGACGCAUGGCAACCCAACAGGAAGCGAUGAAAAUAGGUUCAGGAGAUAAGGAAGAACUUGAAACAGAGGAUUCAACCCAAGAAACUGCGGCUGAAGACAAAGAGAUGGAAGAAAUGGAAGAUCUAAGGCUUGAACAAGAAGAAUGUGAUGUUGAAAAGUUCAAAUUUAAUAAUGAAGAAUCAAGCAGGCAGCAGCUUUUGAAGCAACAAAGGUUGGUGGAGAAACAAAACAGAGAGAUUCAGGAAAUGACAAACUUGAAGCUGACAAAUGUUCAGGAAUUAAAAAAACUGAUCCAUCAUACACAAACAGGAAUAUACUCUUUGAAGCAACGUUACUGUCAGGAUCUCACCAAUUUAAGUAACCACCUUCAAGGCCUAGCUUCUGCUGCGUCAGCAUAUCAUAGAGUUGUUGAAGAAAACCGCAAGUUCUACAAUCAAUUGCAGGAUUUGAAAGGGAAUAUCAGGGUAUAUUGCCGAGUUCGGCCCUUGUUGAGUGGGCAAUCAAACCAGGUUAGCACAGUCAGUAACAUAGAAGAAGGAAGUGUCUCAGUUAAUACGACGCCUCCAAAAAAGGGGCAGAAAAUAUUCAGUUUCCACAGAGUGUUUGGACCUUCUGCGACACAAGAGGAGGUUUUCUCCGACACCCAGGCACUUAUCCGUUCGGUGCUUGAUGGUUACAAUAUCUGCAUAUUCGCAUAUGGCCAGACAGGAUCUGGAAAAACAUAUACUAUGUCUGGACCAGAUGACCUGAAGGAGGAAAACGAGGGUGUUAACUACAGAGCACUCAGAGAUCUUUUUAUUCUCUCAGGGCAGAGGAAGGACACAUUUCGCUAUGAGAUCGCUGUUCAGAUGCUUGAGAUUUACAAUGAUAAAGUCAGGGACUUACUAGUCACUGACGGUGCUACCACAAGAUAUCCUACAUUAGAAAUUCGCAAAAGUGGUCAGAAUGGCACUAACGUGCCGGAUGCAAACCUUGUUCCUGUUUCGUCAACCUCGGAUGUUAUAUAUCUGAUGAACAUGGGACAAAAGAAUAGGGCUGUCGGUGCUGCCGCCACGAAUGAUCGGAGUAGUCGUUCUCACAGCUGCAUGACAGUUUAUGCUGAAGGAAGGGAAGUAACAUCAGGAAAUAUAGUUCGGGGGUGCAUGCAUCUAGUAGACCUAGCAGGAAGUGAGAGAGUUGAUAAAUCUGAGGCCACAGGAGACAGGCUUAAGGAGGCUCAGCAUAUCAACAAAUCACUUUCUGCCCUUGGAGAUGUUAUUUCUUCGCUGUCCCGAAAGAAUUCACAUGUUCCCUACAGGAACAGUAAACUUACUCAACUUCUUCAACAUUCUCUGGGAGGACAAGCGAAGAUACUCUUGUUUGUUCACAUUAGCCCAGAGCCUGAAGCUCUUGAAGAAACUAUUAGCACGCUGAAAUUUGCCGAACGUGUCUCCACUGUUAGAAUGGGAGCUUUACGACCUAACAAAGACAGCACUGAUGUGAGAGAGCUCAAAGAGCAGAUUGCUAGUCUAAAGGCAGCCUUGUGGAGAAAGGAGAAAGAAGCAGAACAGCUUCGACAUUCUCAAAUACCAAGACCCAGAUCUUAUGGGUCUUCUCCUAAACAGGCAAGUUGGACCUUAGGAGGCCGUACGAAACCAGGAGAUGAUCAUGAUUCUUGUAGCCUGGAGAAGAAGGCUACGUCAAAGCUAAAAAGACGAAGCCUCGAUCUCCAAGAAAUGAAUAUGAAUUCAAACGCAUGGCCACUUGUUGGUGGUCAUAGGGUGAAUGGGAAGGAGGAAGAUGAGGUCUCAAUUUGUGGGGAUCGGGUUGAUAACCUCACGUUGAAGAGGCAGGACAGCUUAAGCAGUGAUGAUAACCUGGUGGGACAAUGGGAAGCAGAAAGCAAACAAUUUUCUCAAAUAUCCCCGGAUCGUUCCAUUAAAGUCACACUUAAAAAAGAGGAUAAGAGGGGAUAUGGUGAUUUACAAAGCAACCUGAGCGAGUUGGUUGUAAUAGAUGACGGCGAUGAGCAAGAGGUUGUAACUAGUGAUUCUUCAGAAUCAGACUUGAAUUGGCUUGUUGAUAUGCCAAAAGCAACUAGCAUGUCCAAUGGAUCGUUCUCUCAAGCAAAGAAGUUAAGUCAACCAAUACCAAUAAAGAACCCUCAAAUAAGAAAUGCAAAUAGUAGUGUGAUUCCAUCAUUGAUUCCUUUGCCAUCAAGGAAAGAAGCUGUAAGUCGGUUGAAAAAGCGGUCUAGUCCUCCAAAGGCAAAGACAAGGGCUAGGAGAGUCUGAUCAAAACAACAACACUUUGUGUAAAAUUUUAGGCGUAGUGACAGAAAUUUUUUCCUUUUUUAAUUUUCAUAUUUU